AUGGAUAGUUCUCUUUCAGACCUAGUUCAUGACUACCAACUAACCACGCGUUACGAGGGUGCCUACACUAUUCACUACCAUCGUGAUCCUGACGCACCCCCUUCAGCCCCUCAUCGUCAAGAACGGUGGAAAAAGGUUCGUACUCUUGGUCAUGGUGGCCAAGGGGAUGUUAUCUUACAAACAUGCACCGAUGGAGGUCGAAGCUUUGCCAAUCGCGCCGUCAAACGUAUUCGACUGGAGAGUGAGAAUUCCAAACGAUACUACAGACGCGAGCUCGAAUCCAUAGUUAAGUUCUCCCAUGAAAAGUACUCUCAGUAUUUUGCCAAGUCCCUCGGAUGGUAUGCGACAUCGAAUAAGCUGUACAUAGCUAUGGAAUACUUUCCAGAUGGAGACUUGUAUGCAUACAUUCGCGGUCACAGACGUCUAGCAGACGAUGAAUGCAGCCACAUCAUUAGUCAACUCCUGUCGGGUGUCGCUGUUAUGCACGAAGCAGGAUUUGCCCAUCGUGAUGUGAAGCCUCAGAACAUUCUAGUCUAUAAGAUCCCACAGGACCUCGCCCCAAGUUCUUGGUGGGUGAAGCUUGCUGAUUUCGGUAUCAGUAAGAAGCUGGGGGCAGAGACGACCGGAACAACCCUGGCUCCAGGGACUCCAUUAUAUAUGGCACCCGAGCUCCUUCAAUACGACUCUCGGAGCAUUCUUACCGAGAAUUACUUCAAGGCAGACAUAUGGGCCAUAGGGAUAACUGCUUUCUUCAUUUUGACAAAAAGCGUACCAUUCCGAAGUCAGCUUGCAAUAUUGCACUUUAGAGGGAACUUGGAAGACCUUGCAACUAUUCUUGUUAAUUUCCAAGUCACUGAGAAUGCUCAGAACUUUAUCGCUGAGAUAUUAAAACCACAACCGUGCGAGAGACCUGACGCAGAAAGGGUAAAGCAACAUACAUGGAUUCGCCAUUGGCUGCCAGAAAUUCCAACGCCGGGGGCAUUAAGCAGGCAGUCUACAAUUUCGUCCUGUCGAAGUUCUGUUCAAGAUAGCACGGGGGUAACAACAGAGAUCUCGACGCUAGCCUCACAAACCAUUUCGCAAAGAUGGACUGGCAAUUUCCAUGGUCUUGACGUUUUGCCGAAGACCCGAGAUCAGGUACAGAAUUUAUUCAACAUUACUUCCAGGGUAGGAGAAAUGGAAAUUCCGAUUGCAGAGACACAAUGGAUUACCGAAAAGCAAAAUCAUAGACCUGCAAGCAUGGGUAAUCUGAUACGAAAUCCACAAAACCCUGGAAUAUGGCAAGACGUUAAUAUCUUACAACAGCUCCGUGGUUGGAUUGGCACUGGAGAUAUCGACAUGGUUCGGUUGCUUGUGGACCGUGGAAUUGAUGUUAAUGCUCCAGACGAAAAUGGCCGAACACCACUGCACCUGUCGGCUACCAUUGGCAAUGUGGAGAUGGCCCGUGUAUUUUGUGAAGGGGGUGCAGCCAUCGAAACAACAAAUGAAAGUGGUCAUACGCCACUUCAAGUGGCGGCGAUGAAAGGUCAUACAGACGUGGCCGAGCUUUUGCUUGAAAAAGGUGCUGAUAUCGAGGCAAGCGACAACUAUGGCGGUUUCACUCCUUUGGGCUUCGCAGCAAGCAAGAACCAUUCUGCUGUCACGAGACUCUUGCUUGACAAGGGGGCGAACGUUGAAGCAACAAACCAGGUUGGGCAUACACCGCUUAUUUCUGCUGCAAAGAGUGGUUCCGAGGCUGUGGCAAAGCUUCUACUCAAUCACGGGGCUCAUAUUGAAGCAACCGACAAAUCAGGUGGCACACCGCUCAUCUGGGCUGCGAGAGCUGGAUCAGAAGGUGUCAUCGAGCAUCUUAUCCAUCACGGAGCCGACGUCAAUGUCAGCGAGUACUCAGGCUUCACACCACUGCGUGAGGCCAGGAAAAAAGGCCAUGAUGCUGUUGAGAAGAUAUUGCUUAAAGCAGGUGCUCGUAUCGAUGGAAGCAAACCAGAAUUGAGUUCGUCACUCCAUGAAGCGGCACAGCACGGUUACUACGAUCAAAUGAUAAUUCUUCUAAGACGGGGAGGUGCAUUCAUUGAAAACAAGGAUGACUUUGGGCGGACACCACUGAUUCUGGCUGCAAUGGAGGGACAUAUGGACACUGCAUUGCUAUUACUCACGUAUAGGGCUAACACGGAAGCAUUCGAUCACUCGAACUAUACUCCUUUGAUGGCAGCUUCAGACCAGGGAAGAACACCCAUGGUAAACAUGUUGAUUAGAAAUGAUGCAGAUGUCUUGGCGCGAGAUAUUGAGGGCAACACAUCGAUAUCUUUGGCUUCACGAAAAGGACACCUUGGAACGGUUGCAUGUUUGCGUAAUAGCAGUUCAGUCAAUCUUUCCAACAGGAGUGGCGAGACACCGCUGAUUUUGGCUGCUAAGGGCGGUCAUACGGAUGUGGCCAAAGAACUACUUGACGCUGGUGGCGACAUCAACGCCAGUGACAACAAAGGAUUUACUCCGCUUAUCAUGGCUGCAGAACAGGGUCAUGUAGAAACAGUGAAACUUCUGGUUGAGCGUAAGGCUCAACUUGACAGCACAUCACUAGGGGCGCCUGCAGCCUUGAUAGAGGCCGCUAAAGAAGGCCACGAAGCCGUGGUGGAGGUCUUGCUCGAAGAAGGUGCCGCGAUCGAAACUAUGGAUGCUUCAGGGGUUACAGCGCUGGUUCAUUCUGUGAGGCGUAACCACGAAGCGGUAGUGGCGCUUCUUCUCCAGAUAGGAGCGAAUGCUGAGGCAGAAGACGAACAAUGCGAGCCUUGCUUGAUGAUAGCCAUAAGGAACGGCAACAAAGCUAUCAUGGAUCUACUCACGCAACACGGGGCCAAGAAAAGAUGGUACUAUUACCGUGCUCGUAUGUCUUUAGGCUACUAA